AAAGAGACGGUACAAGAAGGGUGUGAAGUGCGAGAAGAUCGAUACCGUCGAUAUGAAGUCCGAGGGCUACAAGUACUUCCUGGUCAUCCAGGAUUGCCAGCUGUCAGACAUGGGAACCGUCAAGUUCCAGUCUGAGCGGCAAAAGUCGUCCGCGACUCUGCUCGUCAAAGAGCUACCGGCGGUCUUCACCAAGCAGCUUCAGUCGUGCCAGCGGCUGGAGUUCCAGCAGGCGGUGUUCGAAUGCGAGACCUCGCGCGGCACUGCGCAGUGCAAGUGGUUCCGCAAGGGGGCGCCCAUCGAGCCCAGCGACAAGUACGAGAUCCGCGCGAGCGACAGGGACCACAUGCUCAUCGUGCACGACGUCCGCUUCGAGGACGAGAUGGAGUAUCAGUGCCGCAUUGUUGUGGGCGGCGAGGAUACUACUAGUGCAGAACUUACCGUCGAAGAGGCGCCUGCUGAGAUCAUAACACCACUUAAGGACCAGACUGUGAUGGAGGAGGAGACAGCCACCUUCACUUGCGACGUCUCCAAGGAGAACGCAAAGGUGAAGUGGCUGAAGGGUGAGCUGGAGGUGAAGCCGAGCGACAGGAUCGCCGUGAAGGCUGUCGGGAAGACGCACACGCUGACGAUCCAGAAGGCCGAGCUGACCGACCAAUCACCGUUCUCCCUGGUGGCCACAGGAGGCCAGACCACAGCCGAUCUUACCGUCAUCAAAAUCCCGCCCGAGUUCUCGCUGGGUGUGAAGGAUGUAAAGGUGCGAGAGACGGAAACAGCGACAUUCAAGUGUGAACUGACACGUGACGCUGAUUUCGUCAGAUGGAGGAGAAAUGGAGACUGGAUCGACACAAAAGACAGCGAGAAGUAUGAGACGAUCGGCAAGGGCCGCAAGCACGCCCUGCUGAUCAACAACUGUGUGCCGGAGGACGCCAUAAGCUACACCGCUGUAGUUGGCGAAAAGGAGAGCACCGCCAAGUUAGAAGUGGAAGAGUUAGUACGGAUUGUUAUACCGCCCGAGCCCACUUCGGUGAUUACCAAUGAGGUAACUAAAUUCGAGUGCGAGCUGAACACGGAGAAAGCUGACGUGACGUGGUGGAAGGAGGGCGCGGAGCUGCGUCCCGGUGAGAAGUACCGGAUGGAGAAGGAUAAGAAGAAGCACACGCUGUUUAUCAACGACACGACUGAGAUGGACGCGGGAAUGUACUUCGUGACGGCCGGAGAGGACAAGGCGAAUGCUCCACUGACAGUGGGAGAGCCACCUCUUAAGAUGAUUGAAGGUCCAAAGGACCAGCUGGUGAUAGAGAAGGAGACGGCGACGUUCUCCUGCGUGACGAACAAGGAUGGAGAAGUGAAAUGGCAGCGCGCUGGGCAGGACCUAGAGCCCAGCGAGAAGUACAAGCAUGAGAAGGACGGUACCCGCCACAGUCUACUGAUCCAGGACUGUAAGCUGGACGAUAAGGACACCUACACUGCCGUGGCAGGAGACCACAAACUGUCUGCUAAGCUCACAGUCAAGCUGCCCGCAGUGAAGUUCGGAAUCCCCCUGGACGACCAGGAGAUUAUGGAGACCGAGACGGCGACGUUCGAGACGACCGUGUCUCGCCCGUGCAAGGUUACCUGGAGGAAGGGCGGAGUAAACAUUGAACCCAGCGAGAGGGUGAAGAUACUAGAAGACGGUAUGAAGCACACGUUGAUCAUUGGUGACUCCGUGGAGGAGGAUGAAGACAAAUACACCAUCCUGGCUGACGAGUCGGAGGCCUCGGCUAAACUUACAGUGUUAGCUCUGCCUCUGAAGUUCAUCCGUAAGAUGACCUUGGCCACCGUGCCGAUGAAGGGCACUGCUGUGUUCGAGAACGAGCUGAACAAGAGUGUCAAGGGCAAGUGGCUCCUCAAGGGCGAUCAGGUCAUCAAGGAGAGCGACAAGUACAAGAUGACACAUGUCGGCAAGGUCCACACCUUGACUGUCCAUGACUGCAACUUCGAUGACGAGGUCGAGUACGUCUUCGUCAUCCCCAAGAAGGACCUUAAGGCUGCGAACACUCUCGAGAUUGGAGAGCCGCCUAAGUUUGUGAACUACAGCCCUGACAUCCUGAAGACCCAGGCCACCAGUGGAGAGAAGCGCUCCUACAACAUCGACUACGUGGGCAUCCCCAAACCGCACCUGACAUGGGAGGCGUUUGGGCCCAUCGAGAAGCCGAUGGGACGGUCCACAGUGGAACGUCAGGACGACCCACAGGUGGUGAAGUUUGAGGUGCGUGACUUGAUCCGCAAGGACGCCGGCACCUACAAGCUCAAGAUCAAGAACAAGCACGGAGAGGACACACUGGACCUCGACAUCAGUAUCAUUGAUGUCCCCGGCCCGGUACAGAGCCUUGGUUUCACUGACGUCACCAGGGACAAGAUGUCCUUCUCCUGGCAGGCUCCUGAGGACGACGGCGGCUCUCCGGUCACCGGAUACGUCGUCGAAGUCAUGGGACCCAAAGAAGAGACCUGGACAGUCCUGACGGACAAGUGGCCUGACUUCGAGUUCAUUGCCAAGGACCUGAUCGAGAACAACGAGUACACCUUCCGCGUCACGGCGCAGAACGUUGUUGGGCGGGGCCCGCCCACGGAGACGCCCAAGCGGAAGGCCAAGCUGCCAUUCGACCCACCUGGCCCCCCUGAGAACCCACAGUUACCUGAGGUCAAGCGCACACAGGUCAAGUUCACCUGGGAGGUGCCCACGGAAGAUGGCGGUAGCCCCAUCACAGGAUACUUCGUGGAGAAGAAGCUGGAUGGAGGUGACUGGGUUAGGGUCAACGACCUGAAGACCCCUGACCUGAAGAUGACCAUUAAGGAUCUGCCGAUGGGCGCGGAGGCGGAGUUCCGUUCUCUGGCCGUGAACUUGGCCGGGGAGGGACCGCCCAGCAAGCCCAUGGCGCCGGUCAAGCUCUUCGAGCGACCGGGUCCACCCCAGAACCUGUCCCUGACCAACCCGAGCCGGUACGGUGUGACCUUCACCUACGCAGCCCCUGCUGACGACGGCGGCACGCCAAUCACCGGUUACCAUGCCUACCGUACGGAGGAGGGCCUGGACGACUGGACACCGUGCGCUGACCCCACCAUGGACACAAGUCUCAAGGUGAAGGGCCUGAAACAGGGAGUGAACUACCGCUUCCGCGUGUGCGCGGAGAACAUGGUCGGCAAGGGUCCGGACGCCUUCCACCCCAAGGAGGGAGAGACCGGAUUCACGGCCGGAGAACCGCCAAGUGCGCCUACCCUGGACAUCAGCGCCCUGCCUAAGGACCUGGAGGUGGUGGAGCCUGAGGACAUCUCUCUGAAGAUCCCCAUCUCUGGCCAGCCUCCACCUGAGAUCAAAUGGACUGUCAACGAGAAAGACGUACAGACUUCUGAUCGUCUGUCCCUGAUCAGCGCUACCGAGCCUUACACGUAUGUGGAGUUGGCCAUCAAGCCCAGCCAGCGGUCCGACACCGGGAAGUACCGCAUCCUGGCAAAGAACGAGCACGGAGAGGCUGGAGGAGUCUGCAAUGUCACUGUCUUCUCCCCGCCUGGCCCGUGCCGUGACUUCAUCGCCAGCGAGAUCACCCGGUCCGGCUGCGACCUGCACUGGAUGGUGCCGGAGGACGACGGCGGGAGCCCGGUCACUCACUACAUCCUCGAGAAAGCCGAGGGAAAUUUGCGAGGCCACAGCCGCGUGGCAGACGACAUCAAGGUGACGUCCCACGAGGUUCGCGACCUGGUGGGUUACGAGAACUACAGCUUCCGCGUGUACGCUGUUAACAAGUACGGACAGGGGCCGCCCGUGGACUUACCUGAGGCCUUCAAGGCCGUGGACCCACUGGCUCCCCCCGAUCCACCAAUCAACCUGAGCAUCACGGACCCGCUGGACGACUCGCAGGUGGUGAACUGGCAGCCCCCGGAGCAUGAUGGGGGCAGCCCCGUGUUCGGUUACUUCGUGGAGAAAUCCAUCGCAGGGACCAACAAGUGGGAACCCGUCAACAAGGAGGCAUGCGAGUACCUCAAACUCAAGGUGCCAGGCCUGGAGACCGGUAAGGAGUACGUGUACAGAGUGUACGCUGCCAACGUCAUCGGCCGCAGCGGACCGUCCGCCAUCAGCAAACCGAUGAAGGCACAGAUGCCUGCCGAACUGCCGAUCCUGAAGCUGAAGGUUGACCCGGACAUCAUCGUGAAGGCCGGGGAGACCAUCAAGCUGCAGGCUGACUACAGCGGCAAGCCUCAGCCCGACAUCGCCUGGAUGAUGAAGGACGUGGAGCUGUACACGGACGACCACAUGAGCGUCACCACCACGGACGACACCACGCUGCUCGUCAUCAAGGUGUGCGAGCGGCAGGACCGCGGCCCGUAUGACGUCAUCGCGAGCAACGUGAGCGGGAAGAGGACGGAGACUGUGCACGUGGAGGUUAUCGACGUGCCCAGCGAGCCCACCGUACCGAAGAUCCUGAAGCGCAUGCCUGAGGAGAUCCACAUAUCCUGGGGCCCGCCUGAGGAUGAUGGGGGCUCGCCCGUCACCAACUACCGGGUGGACAGGAGAGACAUGACCCGACCUCAAUGGAAGGUUGUAGACAAGUUUGUGCCUGUGGACUGUACCGAGUACGCCGUUACGAAACUCGAGGAGGGAGUUGAGUAUGUUUUCCGCGUCAUGGCGGAGAAUAAGAUCGGACUUGGUCGGCCCACAGAGUACAACCCUGUCGUGGCCAAGUACGCAUUUGAUCCUCCUGGACCACCCCAGGACCCACAGAUCCAUAACGUGACUAAAGCAAGCCUGACCCUGCUCUGGAAGGACCCACUCGAAGAUGGGGGGAGUCCCAUCACUGGUUUCUGGGUGGAGCAGCGCGACAGCGUCACCGAGAGGUGGAUAAAACUGAACAAGGAUGAACAGAUCCCAGCGGAGACCCACGAGUACAAGGUGGAGAACCUGCAGAAGGGACAGACCUAUGAGUACCGCAUCUCCGCACAGAACAUGGCGGGAGUAGGACCGCCCUGCUCACCGACAGAACCGGUCAUCGCCCGCGAUCCUCCAGGACCUCCCGAUCCCCCGAUCAACCCUGAGAUCCUGGAUACCGGGAAGGACUCCAUCCUCAUGCAGUGGCUGCCGCCAGACUUUGACGGCGGGGAGCCAGUUACCCACUACAUUCUGGAGUACUCCGUUGGAGACACCGAUGAGUGGGUGGAGGCUGGCACCUUCCCAGUUGCAGAGGAGCUGAAGUUCAACUACACCGGACUGGAGGAGGGUAUCGAGUACAGGCUGCGUGUGAAGGCCGUCAACAAGAUCGGCCCCAGCCGCCCUGCCAACCCGCCGGGAACUUACUCACCUGCGCGACCACUGUUCCGCCCCGACCCGUGCAUUAAGCUGAAGGUGACCGACAUCCGUGACGACUCCGCCGUGUUCUCCUGGGACCCCCCAGAGUGGAACGGCGGGAGCCCCAUCACUAACUACAUCGUCAAGAAGAUGGAGAUGAAACGUGACAAGUGGGUGACGAUCACCGAGACGCUGGAGGAAACCUUGUGCAAGAUUCCCAAGCUGACCAAGGGCAACAUGUACAUGUUCAAGGUCAGCGCCCAGAACAAGAUCGGCAUCAGCGAUCCGGCUGAGACCGAGCCGGUCAAGGCAGAGAGUCCGUUUGGCUUGCCUGGCCCACCGGUUGAACCGAAGGCCUAUGACGUAACGAAGAACUCCCUGUACCUGGUAUGGCAGCGGCCGUGGAGCGAUGGCGGAUCGCCCAUCAUCGGAUACAUCCUGGAGAAACGCGAGAAAGGGGAGAAACUCUGGAGGAAGGUCAACAGAACCCCGCACCCGAAGUCUGACAUCACUCUGGACGAGAUGAUCGAGGACACGGAAAUGGAGUUCCAGAUUAGCGCUGUGAACGACGUGGGGGUUGGCCCUCCUGCAGACCCGAUCGGACCAAUCAGGAUGACAGAUCCACAGGGUCCGCCUGACCCGCCCAUCAACCUUGACCUGAGCGAGCCGUUUGCCGACUCCAUCAUCAUCCACUACGCUCCGCCUCUGUUCGACGGGAACAGCCCUAUUAUCGGAUACGAGAUUGAAAGGGCCGUUGACGGCACAGAGGACUGGGAGAAGUGCAACUACGACCCCUGCCCGGACCUGUCUUAUGAGGUCCGUGGCCUUAAGGAGGGUCUGAAGUAUAACUACAGAGUCAAGGCCCGCAACGCUGUGGGGCCAAGCAAGCCUUCGGAGAUCUUAGGACCCAUCGAGGCCAAGGAUCCGGAAAUCAAACCUUCGUUUGACCUUGACUGCCUGCCCAAGGACAUCAUCGUGCGUGCAGGAGAGACCAUCAAGCUGGACAUCCCGCUUCAGGGCUGCCCUCUGCCAGAGGUCAUCUGGACUAGAGAUGGCAAGCCUGUUGAGGAGGACGUCCGCACGUCCAUGCACGUGACCAAGGAGUCAGGGAAGACAAGCAGGGCCGAGCUGGUCAUAGUGGACUCCGCCCGCAAGGACAAGGGGGCACUGACCCUCACUCUCAAGAACAAGUGGGGCGAGGCCUCCGGAGUCUGCAACGUGCAAGUGCUCGAUGUUCCCGGACCGCCCCUGGAACUGUUCCCGUCCCAGGUGCGCCGUAACCAUAGCGAGUUGUCAUGGAAACGGCCUGAGGACGAUGGCGGAUCUCCAAUCACGAAUUAUCUGGUGUUCUUCCGCGAGGCCGGCCGCAAGUUCUGGUCCAAGUCGACCGACGCCUGCCACGGACUCUUCUGGCAGGUGGAUGGCCUUGUGGAGGGCAAGGAGUACUACUACAAGGUUCAUGCUGCGAACAAGAUCGGAGAGGGACCACCGGCUGAGAUCGACAAGAUCCGUGCUAUGGAUCCUAUCGAUCCUCCCGGCCCCUGUAUUGACUUCCAGCACACGGACCCGCGCAAGGACUCGCUGGUGCUGAACUGGAAACCGCCCAAAGACGACGGCGGCUCCAAGAUUAUCGGCUACAACGUGGAGUUCACGGAAGCCGACAAGCCCGGCGAGUGGCGCGCUAUUAACGACUACCCCAUCUCCGUGCUGACCACGCCCGUACUGGGCCUGACCGAGGGCACGGAGUAUAUCUACAGAGUGAACGCGCAGAACGCAGCGGGAGUUGGCCCCUGGGUCAACCUGCCCGAGUCUGUUCUGGCACGGGAUCCUUCGAGGGAGCCUACCCUGGAGCUGGCCCUGGAGGGAGACGUGGUGAUCAAGGCCGGCCGGCCGCUCCGCCUGGAGGCGACGUACGGCGGCCGCCCCACCCCCAAGGUGUCCUGGCUCAAGGAUGGUGUCAGGAUGGACCCCGACGAUCAUCUGCACUUUGAACUGACUCAGACCUUUACCACAGUAGUGUGCGGAAAGGCCCUGCGUUCUGACACAGGAGAGUACACAGUGACAGCCAUCAAUGACGCUGGCCGCGCCAAGGGCUCUGUCAACGUUGAAGUCAUCGACAUCCCCGGGCCGUGCACGGAACCAUGGGAGUUUACCGAGUGCACACGUGACUCCGUCAACAUCUCCUGGGGAGUACCGGAGGAUGAUGGCGGGUCCCGCAUCACCAACUACAUCCUCGAGCGUCGCGACACGUCCAAGCCCAAGUGGCAGACGGUGACGCCCAACGCGCUGAAGACCAAGUUCACGGCAACUCAGUUGCUGGAGAACCACACCUACGAGUUCCGCGUGUCGGCGGAGAACCGCUGCGGCGCCGGACCCACCAUCAAGUCUAAACCUAUCAAGAUCCAGCUGCCAUUCGGACCCCCUGGGCCGCCGGAGUCUCCCGGAAUCCGCGGCAUCGAGGCCAAAGCCAUGACAGUCACGUGGGACACCCCUCUGACCGACGGCGGCAGUCCCAUCAUUGGCUACAUCGUGGAGAAGAAGGAGAAGAUGUCUGGCCGAUGGAGCAAGGUGAACCGUAAGGCCAUGGAGGGCCACUCCCUGUACGUGGACGGCCUGAUCGAAGGCGCGGAGUAUGAGUUCCGCAUCUACGCCGAGAACAUGGCCGGCCUGGGACCCCCCAGCCAGCCCACACAGCCCACUCUGGCAUUGCCGCCGAUGGAUCCCCCGGGUCCGCCCCAGAAGCUGCACACCUACGACUACACCAAGUCGUGGGCGGCAAUCCGCUGGGAGGAGCCGCUGGAUAAUGGUGGCGGCGAGAUCACAGGUUACUGUCUGGAGAUGACGGCCAAGGACAAGGACGACUGGCUCAAGGUCCACGACAAGCCCACAAUCAUGCUGGAGGAGUUUACUGUCGCAGACCUUGUGGAAGGCAAGGAAUACGAGUUCCGCUGCAAGGCGCGUAACGCUAAGGGCUUCGGUCCUUACGCUGUCAUGGAGCCGUUCAAGGCUAAGGACAGAGUCUAUGAGCCCAUUAUUGAGCUGGAGGCCGGCCUGAGGUCAGGUCUGACCGUGAAGGCCGGACAUCCAAUCCACUUGGCCGCCUACAUCCGGGGCAAGCCUGAUCCCGAGGUGUGGUGGGAGUCUGACCCCGAGUUCGACAAGACGCGCAGUGUGAUUGGUCCAACAGAGGACGGUUCCGACUUCGUGCUGAAGAACUCUGUGAGGACGGACUCCGGUCUGUACAAGAUCACCGCUAGCAACGAUGCCGGCGAGAAGUCAGCAACCUGCAGGGUUACCGUACUCGACGUUCCUGGUCCACCCAGGUUCACGCGUGUGAAGGACGUCAUUAAGACUGGCUGCACGCUGCAGUUCAAGACGCCAGAGGACAACGGCGGCUCCGAGAUCACCAACUACGUCAUUGAGAGGCGCGAGGCGACUCGCCGCAUCUGGACGCAGAUCUCUGCCACCUUGCAGAAGCUGAUUUACUACGCCUCCAAUCUUCAGGAGGGUACUGACUACGUGUUCCGUGUGGCUGCCGAGAACCUGAUCGGCGUGGGAGACUUCACAGAAUUCCCGCCCUUCAAGGCAAUGGACCCCGUCGGUCCUCCCGGCCCGCCCCAGAACCUCGAGAUCUAUGACUCCAUGGACACGGAAGUGUCACUGUCCUGGGACAUCCCUAAGUAUGAUGGCGGAUCGCCCAUCAAGGGAUACGUCAUUGAAUGCCGCAAGUACGGUGACCGUGACUGGAAGAAGGGCCACACCACCGCCACCGAGCCCGAGCUGAAGUUCACCCUGACGGACCUGCCCCACAUGGAGGAGUACGAGUUUGCCGUGAAGGCCGUGAACGAGGUCGGGCCCGGCAAGCAGGCCGUCACCGACCCGUACGUGGUCAGGGAGAAGCAAGUGCCUCCAUCGCUGCGCCUGCCGCCACAGCUGACCUUCAAGGCCGGCACCAACCUGGUGUUGGACGCUGCCCUGGACGGACGCCCCGCUCCCAAGGUGGAGUGGUACAAGGGCGAUGACACCCUGAAACCUGACCAGCGCACUGACAUCACCCAGUCCCUGAUCGACACCAUCCUGACCGUGCAACACUGCACCAGGAACGACGCCGGAACGUACUUCGUCACCGCGGCCAACAACAGCGGCAAGAAGUCCGCUGAGUGUGAAGUGACUGUCUACGGCCCACCUGGCCCGCCCCAGGAUCUGAACAUCGACGGCAUGACGGCGAACACCUGCAGCCUGUCCUGGCGUCACCCCAAGGACGACGGCGGCUCUCCCGUCACGUGCUACCUCGUGCAGCGCAAGGAGAUGCCCGACGGCAAGUGGGUGCUGGUCAAAGGUGACGUGCCAGUGUGCAGCUUUAUCGUGCCUCGCCUGAUCGAGGGCAAGUCCUACGCCUUCCGCGUCAUUGCGGAGAACAAGUUUGGAACCGGACCCGGAACUGAGACCAGGCCUAAGAUGAUCAAGAGCCUCAUCAAGUUGCCCGGGCCUCCUGAGAACCCGCUGAUCACGGACGUGUCCAGGAACAUGAUGAUCGUGUGCUGGGAACCGCCACUGGAUGACGGAGGGAGCCCUAUCACUGGCUACUGGCUGGAGAAACGAGACUCCAACAACCAGCGAUGGUUCAAGGUAUCCAAGGCGCCUAUCGUGGGCACACGUGAGCGCGUGACCGGCCUGUACGCUAAUGUGGAGUACGACUUCCGCACCAGCGCCAUUAACGCCGCCGGUGUGGGUCCGCCCAGCAAGCCUACCAAACCUACCGUCGCUAAGGAUCAAGCUAUUCCUCCCGGCCCGCCGCGCCCCGUGGUUGUGGACACGACCCGCUCCUCGGUCACCCUGGAGUGGGAACCCCCUGCGCGGGACGGAGGCAGCCCCAUCAUCGGCUACUACGUCGAGAUGAAGAAGUUCCGCGGCGAAGCCGACUGGGAGCGUUGCCAUGACACCGAACUGGUGCACCUGCGCGAGCUGGUUGUGCCUGACCUGAACGAGGGUGAGGAGUACUGGUUCCGCGUGUUCGCCGUGAACGAGGUGGGCGAGGGUCCGCCCGGGGACGUGCCCGGCAGGGUCAUCGUCAAGGAGAGGAUCGAGGAAGUUGAGAUGGAUCUGGACGCCGACAUCAAGGAAGGCGUGACUGUUAGAGCCGGCAACCCCGUACGGCUCAUGGCCUACUUCAAGGGCAAACCCGAGCCGAAGUGCUCGUGGAAGCGCGUGGGAACGGAGGCCAUGAUGCGGGGGUACCCGGAGAACACCAGCAUCAGCACCGCGCUGAUCAUCAAGACUUCCGCUCGCACCGACACCGGCAAGUACGCCCUGACCGUGGAGAACAAGGCGGGAGCCAAGACCAUGCAGACUUCUGUAACUGUGCUAGAUGUUCCUGGCCCGGUGCUCAAGCUGCACCCAAGCAACGUGACCAAGAGGACAGUGACCCUGAAGUGGGAGCCGCCAGAGGACGACGGCGGGUCAAGGGUCACCAAGUACCGCAUCGAGAAGCGUGACGUCAGCCGUAAGGCGUGGCAGCGCGUGUCGGACACGCGUGACGUCACCAUCACCAUCAUGGACCUGGUGGAGGAGUGUGAGUACAUCUUCCAGGUGUGCGCCGAGAACAAGUACGGAGUCGGCGCGCCCUCGGAGACUCAGCCCAUCAAGAUGACGGAGCCUCUCGACCCGCCCGGCCCACCAGAGAACUUGACUGUCACUGACGUCACCAAGAGGUCAGUGGGCAUCACCUGGGAGCCGCCCAAACACGACGGUGGGUCAAAGGUCACCCACUACGUCAUGGAGAUGAAGGCACCUGGCAGCAGCAGCUUUGAGAAGGUCGACUCUAAGGUCACGCAACUGUUCUACAACUUCCUGGAGCUGUCCGAGGGCGAGGCUUACACCUUCCGCGCCUGCGCAGUUAAUGCAGUGGGCCCGGGACCCUACGCCCAGACACCGCCUGUGGAGACCAGGGAGAAACUCAUUCCCCCUGGCAUCAGGCUGCAGGAGGAGAUGACCGUCCGUGCCGGGGAGACCAUCAACAUCGUGGCCGGCAUCACAGGCAAGCCCGUCCCGGCCAUCAGCUGGGAGCGCGGCGGUAAGCCUCUCAUGGCCGUGGACCGUGUCAGCGUCGUCAACGACGCAUCAUCCUCCAACCUGGACAUCAAGAAGUGCAUGCGCAAGAUCGACCAGGGCGUGUACCAGAUCACAGCCGCCAACAAGGCCGGCUCGGCCAGCAAGACUGUCAAGGUCACCAUUCUGGACGUUCCUGGCGAGCCUAACGACGUGAAGAUCAGCCGCGUGUUCGCGAACGAGAUGACAGUGACCUGGAGCAAGCCGUACCAAGAUGGCGGCAGCCCCAUCACCAAUUACGUAGUAGACAGGCGUGACGUACACAUGGUCACGUGGACACAGGUCUCAGCCAGCAUCGACCCCAAGAAAAUGUAA